UGAUGUCAAAGACCAAAGCAAUGGCGUUUCUACUUCUCUUUGCUUUACAAUUUAUGAUAGGAAUGGUUGUGGCAGCGGAUGAAUCAGCUAAUAACCUUGGCACAGUGAUUGGUAUUGAUCUUGGAACAACGUACUCGUGUGUUGGUGUUUAUAAGAAGGAUCACGUUGAGAUCAUCGCCAACGACCAAGGCAACAGGAUCACUCCUUCAUGGGUCGCGUUCACCGAUUCCGAGCGUCUCAUCGGAGAAGCGGCCAAGAAUCAAGCUCCUCUUAACCCUAAACGCACUAUCUUCGAUGUCAAGCGCCUCAUUGGGAGGAAGUUUGAUGACCCUGAGGUUCAGAGAGACGUAAAGUACUUACCUUAUAAGAUUGUGAACAAGGAUGGAAAGCCUUAUAUUCAGGUCCAAGUCAAAGGUGAAGACAAGGUGUUUAGCCCCGAAGAGAUAAGCGCCAUGGUAUUAACUAAGAUGAAGGAAACCGCUGAAUCUUUCUUGGGGAAGAAGAUAAAAUCCGCUGUCAUCACUGUUCCAGCAUAUUUUAAUGAUGCGCAAAGACAAGCCACCAAGGAUGCUGGCACCAUUGCGGGUCUUAACGUGGCGAGGAUAAUCAAUGAACCAACAGCGGCUGCUAUAGCAUAUGGUUUGGACAAGAAAGGAGGAGAGAAGAACAUUCUUGUCUAUGAUCUUGGUGGUGGUACUUUUGAUGUUAGCAUCUUGACCAUUGAUAAUGGUGUGUUUGAGGUUUUGGCUACAAGUGGAGAUACACAUUUAGGAGGAGAGGAUUUCGACCACCGCCUCAUGGAUUAUUUCAUCAAAUUGAUAAAGAAGAAGUACAACAAAGACAUCAGCAAUGAUAACAGGGCAAUUGGGAAGCUCAGAAGGGAGUGUGAGAGAGCCAAGCGAGCUUUGAGUAGCCAGCACCAAGUCCGGGUUGAGAUCGAGUCUCUUUUCGAUGGCAACGACUUCUCUGAGCCAUUGACAAGGGCCAGGUUCGAGGAACUCAACAUGGACUUGUUCAAGAAGACAAUGGGGCCUGUCAAGAGAGCUAUUGAAGAUGCAGGGCUCAAGAAAACAGAUAUUGAUGACAUUGUGUUGGUUGGAGGUAGCACUAGGAUUCCCAAAGUUCAACAGCUAUUAAUGGAUUUCUUUGAGGGCAAGGAACUCAAUAAAGGUAUCAAUCCUGACGAGGCUGUUGCUUAUGGUGCUGCAAUCCAAGGUGGGAUUCUUAGUGGUGAAGGCGGCGAAGAAACCAAAGACCUUCUCCUUCUUGAUGUUGCUCCUUUAAGUUUGGGAUUAGAGACAGUUGGUGGUGUCAUGACAAAAAUAAUACCAAGGAACACCGUUAUUCCAACUAAGAAGUCUCAGAUUUUCACUACUUACCAAGAUCAACAAACCACUGUGUCCAUCAAGGUUUAUGAAGGUGAAAGAGCCCUAACAAAGGAUUGUCGCGAACUUGGGAAGUUUGAUCUCAGUGGCAUUCCACCUGCCCCAAGGGGUGUGCCACAAAUUGAGGUUACUUUUGAGGUUGACGCCAAUGGAAUCCUCCAUGUGAAAGCAGAGGACAAAGCAGGGAAGAAAUCGGAAUCGAUCACCAUCACCAAUGACAAAGGACGUUUAAGCCAAGAAGAGAUUGAAAGGAUGGUUAAGGAGGCUGAAGAACUGGCUGAAGGCAAUAUGAGGAGCACCAUCAAUGAUAAAGACAAGCUCUCUGAUAAGAUUGAUUCGGAUGAUAAGGAGAAGAUAGAGGGCACAUUGAAGGAUGUUCUUGAAUGGUUGGAUGAUAACCAAAACGCAGAAAAACAAGACUUUGAAGAGAAACUGAAGGAGGUUGAGGCAGUGUGUAAUCCUGUUAUCAAGGAGGUGUAUGAGAAGAGUGGUGGUAGUAGCUCCUCUGGCUUCGAUGAUGAAGAAUCAACUGAUGAACUAUAGAGACUAACAGCUAAACAGCCACGUUAUUUUUUGUUGUCAUUAAUUCUUUGUUUACUUAGUUACUAUAGAAUAUAUCAUAAUGUAAUUGCGGGACAUCCUCUUUUUA